AUGCCACGGCCUUCAAACGCACCACAACGGCCGGAUUCGGCAGGUGAUGACUUGGUCUUCGUGCAGGAGGAGUAUCCUCCUUUCACUAUGCCACAACAGUUCGAAUCGACAGGUAGUGACUUGGUCUUCGUGCAGGACAGGCCCUCAGCGAUACGCAAGUGCGUCCCAACACAAUGGCCUGAUUUAUACGCAGAUUCUGAAGCUGAAAUUCCUACCUCUGACAACACGGAAUACGGCCCCGCCUGCUUUUUCAUGAUGUUCGUGGCCUGCGACAGUGAGGACCCAACUUUCGCUGCCAUCAUGUCCGGCUUUUCACCAACGAGUCCUCUAUAUAUUCCACGUGGCGCUUACAAAUUGAGGGUGGAGAUUUUCUCUAAACCUUCCCAGGGUGAAUUAUUCAUGUUCAGCCAUCCAAUUGAAUUUCCAAAGGGCUCCUACACUGAAAAGCACAACAUCAACUUUACGGGAGACUUUGACUCGUGGCAAAUUGUUGUCACGAAUUCUUUUAAUUCUCGUACCACAACUGACACAUUUUUCCGUGUCAGGGCGGAGGAAUACAAAAUCACCCCUCCAAAAGCGACCGCUACAAUGGCGUAUUCCUCCUCCGCGCCCGACCCGGAGUGUACCAUCGCAAUCCAACAAGGUCUGACACAUAUUAAGCUUAGAGCGGAGAUUUGGUGCGACAUCAAACACAUGGAAGUGGCACUUCCUGUGGAGGAACAAUUUCAACAAAUUCCAGUCGAACUAGACGUCUGGGUAAAGGAGUUUAGUUCGGGCUAUCACGCUUCCAGGCGGGCUUUGCACAUGGAAUGGUCGAAACCUGGGUUUGGGUAA